GCUCACAAAUGAUGUGGCCCCGGACGGGGACCAUCCGGCGAAAGAGCUCAGCAAGGAGCAUGACAAGCCUAUGCACGGAAUAUCAAAGCAUAUGCGCCCUGUCAUAUGCCUCCAGCGGUGCGGGUUGUCGGCACUGAUGGGAGGCGAGAACGUUGCGACGACUGCAGAUGUUCUCUACUACUUUAUGAUGAAUGCUCCGGCUGCAUGCAAACGGCUUAUGCGGGCAGCAAAAGAAGCUGGUGCGAAUGGGGCGAAUGCGGUAGCGACGGCAGAGCUAUAUCUGGAGUCAUACGGGCGUCAGUUUGAUUCGCGGGCGAACGAUGGUGUGAACGCGGUGACCACGAUAAUGGGGAAGGCUGAUCGUGAACUCAAGGGGCUCGUAUACGACUUCCCUGCCUACAAGGAGGAUCAUCGCGGACGAUUACGCCCCGUUGCUGGAAAUGGGUGGGGUGGGCCCCGGAAAGGCAAGGCGUUCGAGGAAAUGCGCACACAAGAUGGUGGGGCUGUGGAACUCGACAGCGUCCCCAUCCCGACAGUGGGAUCGGCGUGCACAAUUGCAGAGGGAGGUGACCGUCAUGUGGGACCAACACAUCAAGAAGAUGCAGUGUUGGAUCACAAUGAAAGGACGACAACUCGAGACAAAACAACCAGCAAGAGGCCAAAACCAGUUCCACGUGGGUGGUCAGCCGCUCCAAGCAUCGCGGAUGUGCCUGAGUACACGGAGAAAGGCCAACCAACCUACGCUAACGCUCUUGGCAAGCAGAGGUCUCACACGUAA